GAAGCUAAUGUUGAGCAUAUAAUUUUUCCUACACCAUUUGCAAAGAUUGAUGCACCAUACUCUCCACCUUUGUCUCCAAUCGAAACAUCAGAAGAUUAUGCAAUUCCCAUUAGAUCAUACCGUGAUCAAUUUGAAAUAAUUGAAUCAACAUUAAGAAAUUCGUUUGAUUCAUCUCAAAUAACCAUUAUUAGAUAUCCCAGCGUGAUAAGUCAGCACUUGUUACGUUUCUCGCGAUAUAUAUGUGAGAAAUCGCAGAUACCAAUGAUUGAUAAUCCAAACAUGAUCUUUGAAUGUUGUGACAUUAGCGACAUUGUUCGCGCGAUUUGUUAUGUUCUUUAUUGUCCUGUCCAACGACAUGGUGGCAAAGAAUAUAAGAUAACGGGACCAAACUUGUUAACAACUCACGAAAUUGCGGUUAAGGCAUCACUAGGUCUAGGGCGUGAAAUCAAAGUUGAAUUAAUGCCGAUCAGACAAUUACAACGAAUGUUGUUAGAUAUAACAUCUGAUAGAGAAAUGGCAGCUUAUCUUUUAGAAUUAUGGGGGUUGCAAGGUUAUGUUGGAGCAUCUCGAAGAGUUCAAGUAACACGAGAUCUAGAAAUCAUUACGGGUGGUAGGGGAAAGAGCCUAAGAGAAUUUUUUGAAAAUAAUCGAGAAGAUUUUAUUGGAAGUUAUUAA